CAGAUUUCUACAUCAUCUCCAAGAAUCCUGUAAACUCAUCAUGUUUUCAACAGAUAAUUUAAGCAAAGUUCAUUCUGAGCAAUAUAAAUUCAUUCAAGAACGAAUAUCUGGGGUUGAAAAGCAUUUCGGUAACAUAUGUACGACACUUGGAUCGUAUGCAAGAAAGACAGCCAAGCUUCGAGAUAAGGGAGACGAGUUAUCAAAAGUUUUGAGUGACUACGGAGAAUUUGAGACACUGAACAAGAGCCUAAGAUCUGCUUUGUGUGAAGUUGGCGAUACUCUAGCUGCAGUUCAGGAUUAUCGAAAUGUUGAGGUAGAGAGACUGGAAACAAAAGUAGUAGGAGAACUGUCAUUGUAUGGAGGUAUCUGCAAAACUGCUAGAGAAGAAUUGGGAACAUGUUUCAAGUUUCGACAGCAGGAGAUGAAUAUUCGUCGGAAUUUAGAGAAAACCAGAAAUCGUCAUCCUCAAAACAGGCAACAGAUUGUAAUAGCAGAAACAAAGCUCCAGAAAUCUACUCAAGAAGCAAGACGUGCUUGUCAAAAUCUUGAAGAACAGAUGGACCAGUUUGAACAAAGAAAAGUGUCGGAUUUGAAGAAGACACUUAAAGAAUUUGUGCAGACUGAGUUGGCUUUUCAUGCAAAGGCAUUGGAGCUGUAUACAAAAGCAUACGGCCAGAUAUCAGACAUAGACGAAGAAGAUGAUUUAGAGGCAUUCCGCAAUGCAAGAGAUGUCUUUGAUGCGGAAUUUCGUAAUGCACUGAAGGGAGAUCCUAGUGGUCGAGCAGAGGUUUUAGGAGUAGGAAAAGGACCUUCACUCUCCCCAGUAAUUAAAAGUUCAAGAGAACGAAAAAAAACCAGGAAAAAGCGUGAUAUUACAAAGUCUACAGAGAAACUGCAAAUAGAAGACUAUGAAGAAAUCAAUGAAGAAGAGCUAUCAAGUGAUGAUGACUGAAAGCUUUUGAUUUUGAAGUUCCAUUUUCAAUAGCAAUCUAUUUUUUUAACUAAAACAAUUAUGAUAUUUCCCAGCAUCAAAGACACUAUCUUUUCAUGAAAUAAUUCUUGGAAACUUACUGUGCAUCUUACAGGCUGAAGGUUUACAGUAGAGGAGUCAGUGGGCUAGUACCACCUUACUGUAUCGGUGUUCACACACUUCAAAUUACCCAGACUGUAAGGAAACAUUAUUAGCUUACAAAUGUCUGAUUGCUGUAUCUUUAAAAACUUUACCAGCAAAUCUUACUAUAGCAAGACUAUUUCAAUAAAAAUGUUUGUCAAGUUUGUGAGGUACUUGUAAAAAAAUUUAGUAAUGGGCAAAAUAUUUUCAGGAUUAGAAGAUUGAAUGUUUAUUUAUCUGUAAUAUUAGUAUUGUGUGUAUUUUAAUUUUUUCUUUAUUUUGUUUUAUUUGGGUUAUAUUCAGUGCCUUAAAUGUUAUUCUGUUCUUCUAAUGUAUUUUCUUGAUAGUGUUUAGUUUUCCUUUUUUUGUAUAUUUACAAACAUUUGUUGCAUAAGCCUUCAUCCUAUACAAAGAAAAAUUUUUAAUUACUACACUUGCUGUAGUAGCAUCCACUUGCAUGCAUUGAGACACUAUUGGCCAAAAAGAUAUCUGACAAAGUAAGGCUGAGCAGUAUGAACUUGUGUCACUACAUAAUCUGUUCAAAUUUUCAGUUUGCUGGAAUAUCAGCUUAAUUGAAAGCAAUGAAUCGGAAAAUAUUCCAAAUGUUUUAAGUAUAUGAGCUGUAUUAGCCAAAUCAUUAUACUUCAGUGCAUUGAGAAAGAAGAAUGUGCACAGCACACAAGCCAAAAUAAAGUUUGUAACUCAUGGAAAUUAAACAACCUUGUAAUUUCCUCAAAAUUCUGCUAGUCAAAAAAUAGGGGCGAGUCUUUGAAGCAGGGAAAUACUGUACUUGUUGAUCCCGAUUGAUAAAACUGUACUUAUUAUGCAUCAAAACUCCUUAAGAUAUAUGCUAGUCAGUAAAUGUAAGGUUGACAAAUAUGUAAAGCAUUUCAUAUGAAUCUGUAAUACUUUAGGUGUUCAGCCAGUACGUAUCUCAUUCCGUCCAAUUUCAGGAAGUAAUAGCACAGUGCUUUCAGGUAAUUUGGUUAACAUAAAUAAUUUAUUGUAACAUUAUAAAUAAAUGUUUAAGUAAA